UGGUCCCAUUUUGUCAUUUCUCUAUGAUUGAUUAAAGAUAAAAGCCCUCAUAAAUAUUACUUAUGAAUGAAUGUUGAUGAGUGAGAAUAGUGGGAAACAUCAAUGGACGUUUUUUAUGCUAUCUCGAAGGUCAAACAGUCUUCCUCCCUCAACUGGGAUCCACGUUCCCUCAUCCCUGCCCCUCUCUAUAAAGGAAAAGAACAGUCACUAGACACGUGUAAUCAACUAUGGAGUAAUAAUUGACUCCAAAGAAAAAGACGUUAUAUUUCCAUUUGGGUUUGUGUUGGAUGUUGUUCUUUCUCAAAAUUAAAAGGAACUUUUUAUCAUUAAAGAAAAAAAAAACGAAAUUUGGCAGAUCGCUGUUGCCUCUAAACUUGUUUAUAGUUGUAAAUCUUGCAGCAGAAGCACAUGCUUUUGGAAUCAACCUAUUGCGCAAUAUCUCUUAAUUAAAUCAACUAAUUUUGAUCCUCAGUUCGAGCCGAUAGUAAGUUAUACACAGUGACAAUGUAAAGAAUUUAAAUUUUCGGUCAAUAUUUAUUAAAUAGAGUUACUUGUAGGUAUGGGGUCCUCACAAGUUGGAGAAAAUGAAUUGCCAGUCGAGCUUCCAAAUACUCAAGUUUAUUUUGGUCACUUGCUUAAAGAGGGUAAACGAUAAAUACUUGAAUUAACUGUGAGUAGCCCAAUUCAUGGAAAUAUCUUAACCAGAAAUGCUUUUAAAAUACCCUCACCUACUCGAGAGAUCGCUUAAAAAAAUCUGUAUUAAUUUAUCAUUCUGAACAAGAUUCAACUGCUUCACAGUUGUCAUGUGUGUGUCGACUGAUUAUGAGCCUUAAAAGUCACCAUCUCCAAAACUAUAUAAAAAUAAGAAUAGAAAUAGAAAUGCUUCAAAAUCAUUUAUUGGUUGAUGUUAUUGAAAAAUGGGAAAUACACAAGGAACCUAUCAUUUCCUUUUUCUUUUCCUGAUCUUAGCUGCUUUAUCAUCUCAAGUUUAUUGUGUUUCUAGUGAUUUCCCAAUAUUAGACAGACCGAAUGAGUUGCUUUCAGAAGAAAGAAUUUUCCAACUUUUCCAAGAAUGGAAACAGAAGCAUGGGAAACUUUACAACAAUGAAAAAGAGGAAGAAAUGAGAUUGGAGAAGUUCAGAAGGAAUGUGAAGUAUAUAGUAGAAAAGAACUCAAAGAGGAAGUCAGAUUCAGACCAUUUGGUUGGUUUGACCAACUUUGCCGAUAUGAGCAAUGAAGAAUUCAGGCAAGUUCAUACUUCAAAGAUUAAGAUACCAUUUGACAAGAGAAAGACUAUUCAGAUGAAGAAUGCGGAAAAAAAACCAACUCCAGUUUAUUGUGAUGCUCCUCCUUCAAGGGAUUGGAGGAAAUAUGGGGCUGUCACUGAGGUCAAGGACCAACACCUCUGCGGAGCUUGCUGGGCAUUUUCAGCAUGUGGAGCGAUGGAGGGAAUAAAUGCAAUAGUUACUGGUGAACUUAUUAGCCUUUCUGUCCAACAACUUAUCGAUUGUGAUAAUUCCACCAAUUUGGGCUGUUACGGUGGAUAUAUGGACCCUGCUUUUGAAUGGGUGAUGAACAAUGGUGGCAUUGAUUCAGAUUCUGAUUAUCCAUACACUGUCUCUCAAGGCGCAUGCAAUAUCACCAAGGUGAACCAAAAGGUUGUAACAAUUGAUGGAUACCGAGAUGUUCCACAGGAGGAAAGUGCCCUUCUUUGUGCUGUUGCUCAACAGCCUGUUAGUGUGGGCAUCGAUGGAGCGAGUGCUGAUUUUCAAUUAUACAGAGGGGGAAUCUACGAUGGAAGUUGCUCUAGUAAUCCAGAUGACUUAAGCCAUGGAGUAUUAAUAGUAGGAUAUGGUUCUGCAGGAGAUGAUGACUAUUGGAUUAUCAAGAACUCAUGGGGUACAUCAUGGGGAAUGGAGGGGUAUGGAUAUAUAAGAAGAAACACUGAUUUGCCUUAUGGUGUUUGUGCCAUUAAUUCAUUGGCUUCAUAUCCAACGAAGGAACUGGCUUCUGCACCAUCUCCUUAUCCAUCUCCAGCCGUUCCACCACCUCCCUCGCCAUCCCCUCCACCUCCUCAACCGCCUUCUCCAAAACCAAGUGAAUGUGGAAACUUGUAUUAUUGUCCAGAAGAUCAAACAUGCUGCUGUGAGUUGGAGUUCUUUGGAAUUUGCGUCAUUCAAAGCUGCUGUCCUCACAAAAAUGGUGUUUGUUGUGAUGGAUCAGAAUUCUGCUGCCCAACUGAAUAUCCCAUUUGUGAUGUUUAUGAAGGCCUCUGCCUCAAGAGGGUUAGAGACACUCUGGGAGUGGCAGCAAAGAAGAGAAGAAUGGCCAAAUACAAGUUACCAUGGAGUACAAGCACUAAAGAAACAGAGGAGUUGGACCAAACACUGAAAUGGAAGAGGAAUCAUGUCGCGCCAGUGCUCUGAAAUAAACAAUUCUUGUUAUGCCAUUCAACAUUCUUAAGUAGUAGUAUCAAUUUUGGUUCUGGUUCUAACGCCAAAACUUUUGAUGAAUCAAAUUUGUUAACUGAAAACAAGCAUAAUUCUUUAAUAAAUCUGUGCUUGUGGAUAAAUAUCAAUUUCUUGAAAUUAAAGGACUGGAAAGAGACUUAUGUAGUGGCUCCAUAUACUUGUAAGAAAUUACUACCUAAGAAGUAUUCUUCUUCUUCAUCUUAUAUAAGUAACUAAACGAUUAUGGCUUGA